UAACGGAACAGUUGACAGCUGGGACCGGGACGCGUUCAGGUCCGGUCGGACAUUUUUCCUUUGCUCUUCUGCUCCUCGGAUGGAGCCGCAGCAAUUCCUCCACAGACUGCACCGCCCGCCCGCCGCCCGCCGCUGAAGCUGCGUGCCGCUCGGUGUCCUCGUCCCUGAGGAGGAUCGCUCCGGUUGUGUCGUCCUCUCCGUCCUCUCCGUUCUCCUCCAGGCCGCCGUCUCCUCCGUGACUCACUGUUCCCAUGCGAUUCUUCAGACUCACAUUCAAGUGUUUCGUGGAUUGUUUUUGAAGGUCGCUGUCCCGCCGUCGGUGUAAUUCACUUUAUUUUUUAUUUUCACCUUUUGUAUUUUAGAAUUUUCUCUUCUUUUCGAUUGGACAAAGACAUGUCUCCCGAUUAUUAUUAGACCAUUUGAAUUUGUGUCCUUUUUUCAUCCAUUAAAUCCGGAUUCAUCAAUAAAACAACAGAUUCUGGAUCAUCUGAUCCACGAUCCACCCGCUCAGAGUAAUCAUCAUCAUCAUCAUCAUCAUCUUUAUUAUUAUUAUUGAACAAGAGACAGAGGCUGAGACUGAAGGUGGAAGCAGCAGAGACCUUAGCGGACUCUACGGGACUGAGCUGGACCUGCUGCCGACUCUUCUGUUCCUGAACAAAACUGAAUUCAGGACUAAGGAGAAGAGGACCGAGUCUGAGCAGGGACAGAAACUGAGCAGAGAGGGGAGGUGGAUCUGGACUGAGGCUGACUGGUGGCUGGGAAGGUGAGGUGAUCACAGACUCUGGGACUAAGAGAAGAGACUGAAAUUACAGCUGCACACGGUGCUGACUGCUCCUACUGACUGGUUUCUUACUGGUUUCUUACUGGUCUUUGGGUUGAGUCUAACAACAAGAGAGACAGGACAAAAACUCAAAGGAAUUACAGAGAGGCAGAGACAUUUAGGAGCCCUCACUGACUGGUUCCUGACUGGUUUCUGGAUUGUGAGUGAUGGAGAAGCAGGCCCUGCCAGCCUCCUCCUGCUCUCUGGUCCUCCUAGAGGAGACCAAGAAGAACCCCCUUCUUCUGUCUAACGGUGGCGGUGGUUACCCCCCCGCGGCUGCUAACGGCAGCCUGGUCCCACUGACGGCGGCGGUGACAGGGUCUGGCGGUGGUGGAGUGGUGGGCGGUGCUUGUGCCGGUCCAGACAAGAAAGGAGGUGUGGUCACGGGGCCGGGGCCAGGAUACCAGGAGAGGGAGACAUGGACGCGGCAGAUGGACUUCAUCAUGUCCUGCGUUGGCUUCGCUGUGGGACUCGGCAACGUGUGGCGGUUCCCCUACCUGUGCUACAAGAACGGAGGAGGCGUCUUCCUGAUCCCCUACCUGCUCAUCGUCUUUGUCGGAGGAAUCCCGAUCUUCUUCCUGGAGAUCGCUCUGGGACAGUUCAUGAAGGCCGGCAGCAUCAACGUGUGGAACAUCGCUCCUCUGUUUAAAGGUCUGGGUUACGCCUCCAUGGUAAUUGUGUUUUUUUGUAACACCUACUACAUCAUGGUGUUGGCCUGGGGUUUCUACUACCUGAUCAAGUCCUUUAACUCCACCCUCCCCUGGUCCACCUGUGACAACGAAUGGAACACGCCCAGCUGCAUCGAGAUCUUCCGUCAUCAGGACUGCAAGAAUGGCAGCCUCGCCAACGUCACCAUUGCUGGCAACAUGACGUGCGCAGAACUAGCGGAUGCACGAUCACCAGUCAUCGAGUUCUGGGAGAACAAGGUGCUGAACAUCUCCUCUGGUCUGGAUGAAACUGGACAUUUUAACUGGGAGCUUAUGCUGUGUCUGAUGGCCGUCUGGGUUCUGGUUUAUUUCUGUGUCUGGAAGGGAGUCAAGUCCACUGGGAAGAUUGUGUACUUCACGGCGACCUUCCCCUAUGUGGUCCUCAUCAUCCUGUUGGUCAGAGGAGUCACACUUCCUGGAGCCUACGACGGCAUCAUGUACUACAUCAAACCUGAUUGGUCCAAACUGGAGGAGGCUCAGGUGUGGAUAGAUGCUGGGACACAGAUCUUCUUCUCCUACGCCAUCGGACUGGGAGCUCUGACCGCUCUGGGCAGCUACAACCGCUUCAACAACGACUGCUACAAAGAUGCCUUCGUCUUGGCUCUAAUAAACAGUGGAACCAGUUUCUUUGCUGGUUUCGUGGUGUUUUCUAUUCUGGGCUUCAUGGCUGCUGAGCAGGGAGUCGACAUCUCACAGGUCGCUGAGUCAGGUCCAGGUCUGGCCUUCAUCGCGUAUCCGAAGGCGGUCAGUCUGAUGCCCGUGGCUCCUCUCUGGGCGGCGCUCUUCUUCUUCAUGCUGCUGCUGCUGGGACUGGACAGUCAGUUUGUCGGGGUCGAGGGUUUUGUUACUGGAAUUCUGGAUCUGUUUCCUGGAAAGUACCACCACCGCUACAAAAGGGAGAUUGCUGUGGCAAUAUGCUGUUUACUGUGCUUCAUUAUUGACCUUUCCAUGGUGACACAGGGAGGGAUGUACGUCUUCCAGUUGUUUGACUACUACUCGGCCAGUGGAAUGACUCUGUUGUGGCAAGCAUUCUGGGAAUGCAUAGUAGUUGCCUGGGUCUAUGGUGCUGACCGCUUCAUGGAUGAUGUAGCUCGUAUGAUUGGUUAUCGACCUUUCCCCUGGAUGAAGUGGUGCUGGUCCUUUAUAACUCCAUGUGUCUGCAUGGGCAUCUUUCUGUUCCACCUGGUGAACUACAAGCCCCUGACCUACAACAACGUGUACGUGUACCCAUGGUGGGGUGAGGUGAUUGGCUGGUGUCUGGCUCUGUCCUCCAUGCUCUGCAUCCCCGUCAGUCUCCUGUACAAACUCUUCAGAGCCAAGGGAACCUUCAAAGAGCGCUGGGCUCACCUGACCAGUCCGGUGUGGGGGGCUCAUCAUCUGGAGUACAUGGCCCCUGACAUCAAGUCCCUGACCUCGCUGUCCCCCAGCACAGAUGACAACAAGGUCAUCAUCUUUGAAAGCGUCAUGUAGGCUGGGUCCAUCAGUCACAGAGAUCAAUCUCCAUCCGUCCCACUUAUGACAAGAUAACCGACAGCCCGCCGACACUUUGCCACCACAACCUCGACCUUCAGAUUUCAGAAUGGACAAUCAAUCAGUCCGUGUCCUUGGAAUGACUGAUUGAUUGGUCUCCUCAGCUCCUCCAGACAUCAUCACGCACACCAAAGCUGUGAAGAGUCUUCAUACCUGUAAAGAAAUAAAGGAAUAAUGGAAUGAGGCAGCUCCUCCGGGAGGGUUUUUAUAAUCACACCAACAACAAAUGCUUCCUUUUUCCCAGAUUACGACAAAAUUUGCCAUCAAAACCAGCUGAUCACUGGGUUCUUUGACUUUCAUUCAUUUGGUUCUCAAAGAAGAAAAUAUCAUUCUCCUUGACAAAAUGUUAAACCUUGGAGGGGAUGAAGAGCAGGGGAAAAAUCUUCUUCCUCGUCUCACUGUGUUCAAAAAGCUGCUGAACAUCGGAGGGUGAGCUUCUUCCAUCCUGGGUUAAAGGAAUCAGUACAGUCUUGUCUUGGGUUGGGCGGGUUGGACAUGCAAACACACACCAACCUGACGGACGGCCAUUACAUACACACUUCCUAUCAAUAUUUCAUCAUCUUACUGGCAAUGUUAAACAUCAACAUGGGGACUGAUGCUUGCUGCUCGUCUUCUUACAUUUAGCUGCAGGUUUCCGAGCUCAGGUUUAAGGUUAAACCCCUGUGGGCUUAGAGCCACAGGGGUUUAACACUUGAAAUGGCUGUGUAUGCGUAAUGGCUGUCCGUUAAGACAGAAUUCUAGACACACAGACUGGCUGACCCCCAGAAAUUUACCAAGAGGUCAUUUGCGUCGUAACAGGAAUUGAAAAUGGCUGAGAAUGGUCUGAUCUUCAGUCUUGUUUCUCAAAUGUCUGAGUGGCUCUUGCAGGAGUUCGACAAUCCUGUAAGUAACUUUAGGGAUUUGUGUGUCUAAAGGAAAAAAAAUCCUGUUAUGGGGCAACCAGCGGUCCAUGAACUCACCAUGCUGCCAGGAAGCCGAACUGAGCUCUGUGAGCCCUGAAUGCACCAUCAGACUGUCCUGGUUCGACUCCAGUCCUGAGUUUUACCAGCCUUCAAUCUCCUGUCUUUAAGCCAGU